AGGAUCUUACUAAACCAAAAAGUGUUUAAUUUCAUAAUUUAACAUCAUUCAACUUUAGAGUAAUGUUGAUUUUGUUUUGUACAUUAUUUGUUGAAAGUAUAUAAGAUCUGUUUAUAAUGUGCAUAAACUGGUCAUUCUUUUUCAGACUUUCUGACAAACUUUUCACUUUAUUUUUAGUCAUUUACAAUCAGAUUUAUUUGAUAUCACUGUAUAAAUAAAAAUAUAAGCAAAAUGUUAAAGCAAAAGGUGAACAACAAAUCAGUACAACUGUAUAAAAAAGACAUAAAAAUUUCCUUUAAUGCCUUUAUGAAUGAAUAUUUUGUAUAAUGUGACUGUAAGAACACCCGAAAUGGCUGUUAUUUAUCAAAGAAAAGCAAAACAUAAACCCAUCCACAGCCUCUAACACAAACUUCAUAAGAAAUAUUUUGCACCUUAACUGUUAUGCACAUCUGUCUUGUGCAAAUAAAUAACAAGAAAUGGGCCUGUGAGUGACCGAGUCAAAAAGCAGGACGAGUCACAGAAAUUAUUAGAAAAAUAAGGUUUUUUUUUUAACCCAAAAAGUUAUAACUGCAAAAAUGACAACUGAGCUCACAAAAGAGGUCAAAUAAGCAAAAGUAAACGCAGGCAAAAAAAUGUGAGCAAACCAACUGACCUGUUGACAUGACACACGAGGAUAUAUAUAUAUUGGUUGAUCAGACCAUUUCAACACAAUAGGGGUGACUAAAGAAUACAAACACCAACAACAAGAAACAGCACAGUACAGUAAAGUUUGUUAAACUUGAACACUAAAGAAAGAAAUGACAACCACUAAACUUUAAAUACAAAUCUCUAGUUAAAUACAAAAGAGCUACUUUAACUAAAGAAAAUACAAAUUCCCCCUCUCCAGCAGGAGUUGGUGGUGCAGUCCAAAUUUUCCAACAGGUAUUUAGGUGCUCUGAGCCCUGGCCAAACUCCCAGGGAUCAUGGAAGGUGAAAACCGGUAAAACAAACAAGAAUUAGCAAAAAUUACAAAUCAAAGAUCAAACUGAGUUGAUAAAAAUACUUGUGAACCAAAUGUGCGCGCUUACAAGUAGAACCCAUGCAUUUAAACACCUCAAUAAAACUUGGUUGCAAACUAAAGUGUAUCAUUGUGUUUGGAUGAAUGAACAAUGAGGGUGCAUGAGAGUUAUUCAACUUUACUGGAGUGUGGCCAUGGAUUUGGCAAUCACAGGGCCAUUUAAUGAUAUGAAGACACUAUAUAUUACAGUUGUAAAAAUGCACAUUUUAAAAUUUGCUAAAUUUCUUUAAUGAGAUACCAGAGAAUGUAACCUGAAAUUCUCUUUGCUAUAUGGAGCAAAGAUUGAUGCAGUGCUAACCCUCCCCUACCUCUUGCUGCAUUAUGUUUGUGUAAAUAUAGUUUCUGUAAAUGACAAGUUCCAGUAUAAUCCUUUAACAUAUUUAUUAUACAGUAUGCAUUCUUUGAUAUAGUCUUUUGGAGAUUUGCAUAAACAGAGUUAAAUUUGUCCAUGUUCUAUCUCAGUUUGGGAACAACUAUGGAAUCUAUCUCCUGUUUUGAGUUCAAAGGUACAACUUAUACAGGGAUGUUUUUCAUAGCCCUCAGCGAACAAUGCCACCCUGGGCAGACAGCCACAUCCCCCAUAUCAGAAACUGCUACUGGUUGUUAUGACAUAAAUAAAUUAACCAGCAGCAAAUUUGUUUAUUUGGGAAGCCUAAACCAAAAAAUACUUAUGAAUGAAGAAUUUCAUGCAUUCUUCGAACAGAACAGAUUUUUUUAAUUCAACACAACUUAGGGCUUGUUCAGGCUAAUUUGGUUAAAUAACUAGUAUUUAUCUGUUAUUUAAGUUAAUCUGUUUAGUUGUUUAAGACUCAAAAUUCAAAGUUUUGGACUUGACUCGGGAUUUACACGUCUUGACUUUUUAUUUACGUUGGGACUUAAAUGGAGAGAUUUUAGACUACUUAUUACUUGCAAAAAAUGACUAGGCUCCACCUCUGGGAAACAGAACUUCAAUGAUUAGAUCUGUGUGGGAGUAUUAGUAACCAAAUAAGCCUUGAAUAAAGCAUGUUUUAGAGGUUGUGCCAGUUUAACUAUUUGACUAUUUUCUUUUGAUGUGUAUAUGGAACUAAUCUUAGAACUAAGUCCUUGUGAUGGAGCAGAACCCAAUAGUUCUAUAGCCAGUACUUUUCUGAGUUGCAUGUUCUGCCAGAUGGGACAGGUUAAUAUUUAACUCACAUCUAAUUUCUGAUUGUUGUGAUUUCUUUGACAUUUCCUGUUCAUUUUGAACUGGAUUACCACAGGAACCCAUAUCUACGGGCUGCUACUGUGAGACAACAAGCUGUUUAAAUCUUGAAAUUCAGAUAAAUCGUGGAGAACUACAAAGACAGAUUCUGGAAAGAAGUUUGUCCUUCCUCCUAUGAUAAGUUGGAAGACAACGUGUAGACAAUGCAUGUAGACAGCUGUGACACUGAGAAGAUAGGUCAGUGGGAGAUGCUACCUGAUACCUGCUUGCUGCACACCUUCAAAUAUCUAUCUGACGAUGAGCGCAGCAAGGCAGCUCUAGUGUGUCAUCACUGGCACAACAUCAUGCGCAUGCCCUGUUUAUGGCGCUGCCGCUCUUUCCACUUCAGUGGUCAUCGCUCUCUCAAACCGUCUGAAUACGUAGCGGCUAAGGGCUAUGCUGAAAAUCUGGGAGUCUUCUUGGAAAGUUUGGAGGUGACUGUGUGUCCUCCACGAUCCAUGGUGGUGGCCCAGCGUCUGCAUUCCACCAUCUGUGCACUGUUGAAUGCACUGGUCAGAGUAAAAGCCCCAUUAAAGUCCCUCUCAAUUCUGAGGCUGGAGCUGGACCGAUCCUCCUGGGAUCGGGGCCUCAGAAAUGUUGUGGUUGACAAACUGAUUUAUUUUCUCUUGAGAAGUGCCUCAAGACUGAACAACAUUUGCCUAAAUGGGAUGCGGAUCGGGACAGAGCUGGGUUUGGAGCUGAUUUCUGCAAUAAUACAAAACCAGAGAAGCCUCUCUCCCCUCUGCGGCCUUUCAUUAGAUCUGAGGGGCUUCUUUUCAAACUCUGUGCCUAACCACCUGAACCUCAACAUACCUCAUAUGCUGCAACAGCUGCAAGGCCUCACCCAUCUGGGCCUUAGCUACUCCUGUUUGUCAGAUGAGCUGCUGCUGGCUCUCAGUCAAAGUAACAGAGCAAGAAGGUACAAAUAUGGCAGAGGAAACAUCCUGCAAAGGUUUUCACUGUUCUGCACUCAGAAUGAGCCACAUCAACAGGUGGUGCAAGGUUACUCAUGGGCCACUUUGAUGUCCAGCUGCCCGGAUCUGAAAGUCAUUCUCACAGUGGAACAAGUCAUCGACUCACAGCAGCUGGUGAGGAUCCUGCUGCCUGAGAUUCCCCUUAUGGUGUACAACAUGACUGCUUUCUACUCAGCAGACGAAAACUGGAACGCUAAACCUCUGCUCCAAAACAUGCUCCCCUGCUACAGACAAAGCCUGCAGAGUCUAACACUGGACCUGAGCAACCGCAGAAAAUCACUGGACGAUGAGCUGCUAGAGUUAGUUAAUGUGUGUGAAUGCCUCAUAGAUCUGAGAAUCUGGGCUUUUCUGGAUGUCCGCACUGUGGGAAGGCUCCUGCACAUCAGGUUGACUAAAAAGAUGUCACUCAACAAGAUCAGAGUGAGAAUCUACACAAUGGCUGAGAACAUCGAGGAGCAGGAAUACCAGCUGAAGGAAGUAUUGUCUCCCUUUUGUUACCCUCCGGAGCUACAGUUCUUGGCUGUCAUUUGCCCCUUUAUAUGACGUCGCCAAGCGUGCCUAAACACCAAAUUAGGCGCAAGCUCCACGAAAAUGGAAAAUAAAAAUGAUUGAAGCAUGAAAUGCAUCUCUUUCCUCAUUUAAACAACAAAACAAUGAAAAGCUUUUCUUGCUGAUGUGGGUGUGUUUAUGUUUUUCCCCAGGACGUUGGGUGAGCUGGGGUUGUGUAUAGAAACCCUGACCUACUUUCACUGUAAAGCGGCAUCAAGCAAUGCAGUGUCUGUUUGCUCCAGCAUGGAGAGAGAGCACUAUUUAAAGUAACAGAGGUUAAGGGCCAGUAGCAACAAACUCUUGUUUAGGGGAUUCACAAGAGACAAGAGAGUGAAUAUGCUCUGUGCUCUUAAUCCUAUGUGAUUUUGGUACAUUAUGAAUACAGUCUUUCAAGGCUGUGUUAUUAGUUUUAAGCUCUUAAGUAUGACACCUUACUAUCCUUGCUAUUUUUUUUAUUCAGCUCACUCUAUUGUAUACGGAUUGCUCUCCUAAUCCUUACAGUGUUUAUGACUGAAUAUCGUUUUAGUCUUUUGUUUUGAAUAAUUUUCCACUGUAGUAAAUGAUAAUGCCAUAUUUCAACAAUACUGCGGUAAAAAAGUGACCAUGCUAUCUCCGUUUGCUGAAUAUGAGGACACAAAAAACCUCUGGUACUCAAACAAUUUGAGCAGCUUCUUGUAACCAUGAGGACAGAGAGGCAGACAGUGGACAGACCAUUGAAGAAAUCCAUCAGUACAACUGCAAAGAUCCCUGCUUUACAUUCCAGAAAAGGGAAGGGAAAACAUUACCAAAUAAGGUCCCAAAUUAAAUAAAGAUCAGGCCUGGCUUACUGGCUGUCAAUGGAUCACCUGUCCAAAACGGAUAUCAAAAUAUGGUUUAUUGUGGUGCCUUGCAGAACUAUUCAUAACCCUACAUAUUUUUCACAGUCUAUAAUUUUUCGACCACAGUGUUCAUUAGGUUUUGUUGGAAUUUUAUGUGACAGGUGGACACAAAAUAGCACAUAUGUGUGAAGUAUAAAUAAGUUUGAUUUUGUUUUUCAAAUAAAAUUGAGCAUUUGUAUUCAGCUCACUUAGCUCUGAUAUCCACCAAAUAAAACCAGUGCAACAGAUUGCUUUCAAAAGUCAACUGAUUAGAGUGCACUUGUGUGUCAUUAAACCACAGAAUAAAUACAGCACUUAUGUGGACUCCACACAGGUUUGAGAUCAUUAGUAAGCAAAAAGCAUAAUGAAGACCAGGGAACAAGCUGGCUUGUACCAGGGGGAUGGUAACUGUGGAGCCUGUGGGCAAAGAGAAAAAACUGCUGCUGUGCAUAAAGUUUAAUAUCUCUGUGACAUCACUGGGAUUCCAGCUGUGAAACUUCCUGCAAGCUGUGCAUGAGAAUGGUUAAAAACUGUGCAUUCUGGAAUUUAGUGUUUUUACCAGUCUUUUUUUUUCUCUUGUUUGCAGUUCAGUCAUUUUUGUCCCUUCGAUGGCUGGGCCCAACACCAUGUAGCAGACAAAGUUAACAUGAAGGGCUCUUGUCAGAUGAGACCAAAAAUGAACGUCUUGUCCUACAUGCAAAAAAUGCCAUGUGUUAGAAAACUAACACUGCACAAAAGAACACACAAUGCCCACCAUGAAACAUGGUGGUGGCAACAUCAUGCUUUGGGAAAGCUUUUCAUUAGGAGGACAGGGAAGCUGGUCAGAGUUGAUUGGGUAGAACUAAAUACAGGACAAUACUGGAAGGUUGCAAAGACUCGAAACUGAGGCAGAGGUUCACCUUUCAACAGGUCAACAUUUCUAAACACAAAGACAGAGCAACAAUGGCAUAGUAUUAAUUAAAGCAUAUUUUUAGAUGUGCAAAGCUGGCAGUGCUAUACACCAAAAUACUUGCUGCUGUAAUUGCAUCAAAGCCUGGUCCUAAAAGUAUUGAUUUACAAGUGCUGAAUACAAAAGAAUGUCAAACUUUUCAGAUUUUCAUUUGAGAAAUACUUAGAAAAUUCUGAAAUUGAGCAUUCAUUUGUGGGUUUUUUUUUACUCAUAAUAAAAUACAAUGAUGUAUGUGGCUGUACAAUGUAAAGGCAUAUGAGUUCCAACUGCUGCUGAUUAUUCUUGUGUGGCUGAUUGUUUUAUUAUAAAGUUUUUUAAGUAUUUUUAUGAAAUAAUAUUAACACUUACAUCUCUGGAAUUCAGUGUAUGAAAAAUACAAAGUUUUUUUUUUUUUUUUUGGUUCUCCAGGAAAGCUUUGAUUGUAGAUGUUAAAAUGUAUUAUGAAUAAAUCCAUCAAGAUUUCAUAGGAAACCCACCGAACAAGCAGAAAAGAACAAUGCUACAUCUACCAGACCUACUAGAAGACAAUUAAACACAGAGUUGAUUGUUAUUUAUGAAUAAAUGUUAGUUUGAACUCUUGAUAAUUUAAAGUAAAAA